AUGUCCGUGUUUGUAGCCGUUCCUGGACCCCUAUUGCCCUACGCACGGUACCAGGGCGCAAGCAUUCUCGACACGAGACAACCGCGUGCGCACUGUUCGUCUGCAACACCGAUAGGGACUGCCUUGGGUUGGGAUAUUUGUGCGUCAAAGCUGCAACCUCGGUCCGAAACCGCUAUGGAGCCCAUCUUCUGUCGAGUUGGGCGGAUACAUGACAGACAGAUGCACGUCGGCGUACUGUACGGUGCAAGGACCUCCUUGAUCGAGUCUGGGGUUUCCACUCAGGCAAGGCGGAACGAGCGUUGGGUGCAGACACGAUUGCUCUUUAGCGAGUCUGAAGACAUGUCAUGA